GUAGGCUCAAAGUUCCCGUGAAUAGAACCCGCGAAGCCAGGGCGGUUGGAGUUCGGGAGUUAUGAGGAAAUGAAUAGAUUAAAGAGUUCGCAGCGAGAAAAAGUCAGGCAAUUUGUUCUCUGUACCGAAACCAACGAGAGAACAGCUAUUGCUUGUUUGAAUCAACAUGACUGGCGUCUUGAUGUUGCCUCUGAUAACUACUUCCAAAAUCCUGAUCGUUAUUAUUCCGAGUCUAAAGUAGCUGUGGAUAAAAAGAGGCUAGCGCACUUGUUUGAUCGCUACAAGGAUCGUGAUGAUGAAGACAAAAUUUUGGCAGAAGGAAUAGGGCACUUUUUAGAAGACUUACACUUAGAUCCCGCUAGCCUUAAAGUUCUUAUUAUUGCAUGGAAAUUUAAAGCUGCAACACAAUGCGAAUUCAGUAAAAAAGAGUUUAUUGAUGGAAUGACAGACCUAAAUUGUGAUUCUGUGGAAAAGUUGAAGAGUAAAUUGCCAUCAAUAGAAUCCGAGUUAAAAGACUUUGCAAAGUUCAAAGACCUUUACCAAUUUACAUUUAUCUUUGCCAAAACCCCUGGGCAAAAAAGUUUAGAUUUAGAAAUGGCAAUUGCAUACUGGAGAAUUCUACUUAGCACACGGUUCAAGUUCUUGGACCUUUGGUGUGAAUUUCUUCUUAACCAUCACAAGCGUGCUAUAUCUAGGGACACUUGGAAUCUGUUACUUGAAUUUAGCAAUAUGAUAGAAGAUGAUAUGUCAAAUUACGAUGAGGAAGGUGCCUGGCCUGUGCUGAUAGAUGAAUUUGUAGAAUUUGCAAAACCUCGAGUCACUUCUGGAAAACAGACCACUGUAUAAUACUUCACCAAAGAAACAUUUUACUAAAUACUUUCCAAAAAAUGACUUUUUUAAUGCUAUCUUGAAGAUCUGAAACACUGUUCACCAUGAAGAUUAGUSCAGUGUUUUCAAUCAGAUUUACUGGGUAAUGUUUCAAACCAAUAUUCUUUUGGGGUUUGAUAGGAAAGGUGAUUUGUAUGGUUAAAAUAUUAUGUAUAGUUCCAGUGAAAAAAUAACAGCUGUAUUUCUAUAACAAGCAUUUUCUUUUUGUAUAUAAUAUGGUUUAACUGCUAGCUCUUUUAUUGUCCUCAUGGCUCUGUUUGAGUAAGCCUUAAGGCAGUCUCUCAAUAUAGGUGUACAAUCAAUAUUUAUCGGAGGCUACUCAGAAUUCAAAAAGGUACUGAUGCCAAGCCAACACCUCAGAAAAUGUAAUCAGGAAAAGCAUCACACAGGACCAUAUUUAAUUUCCUGACUUAGCAUSUAUUCAAAUAAAUGAAUAAUGGAGCACAAUUAUGACAAUUUAAAAAAAAAUACAUGAAAAUAUAUUACUCUGUGAGUAAUCAUCUAAAAUAUGCUCUAACUUGAAAUUUAAGUGGAGUAAUUUCAUACUCAUUCCCAGUCCCUGUUUGAAUUCUGGAAAGGCAAAUUAAAUCAAAAUAUAGCAUAACCACUGCUGAAACAAAUACACAACUGAUUGCUUGUCUGUGAUUGACAUGUCUUGAAAGAUAAUAUAUGCACUAUAGGCUUAAUUUACUCGUGUAAAAUGCAAUUUGAUUGUUUAUUGUAUGGUUAUGAAUAAGACUGAAUGUUUGUAUGUUUUCACUCAAGGUGUAAGUUAUAUUCUGACUUCAAUGUSUGGGUCAGAAAAUGACUUCAUUAUUUUAGAAUGUAAAUUUGUGAGACUGAAUUUGUAUCCAUUAUUGUAAAAUAUUCAAAAAGGAAGAUGUCUUGAUCAAAAUGGUCAUGCUACUUUACCCAGCCAUCAAUGAACAUUCAUUCAAUUGAUGCUGUUUUUAAGCAGGAAACACUCCCUGAAAUCUAAUGGAAUAGCGAACAGGAUAAUGCACCUCAGUCUUUGGUCAGUUAGAAGUGGUGUUAAGUGAUAGUUAGACACUACAAGCAGUAUUUAUAAAAAAUUAAUUUGGUCAUUGCUGAUUUAGAAACUUCAAACAGUGCCAUGAGGGUAUAUAAACCAUUAUGGUUUUAUUAAUAAACCAAUAAUGUGGGAACAGAGUUUUUGUGGCCAUUUCAGAAAAAAAAGGAAAAAAAAACACAUGCAAAGAAAUAAAUCCAUUACCGAUACACAA